AUGGGCAAUUGCAUAAUCAUGAGGAAUCCAAGAGGCACCCCAAGAAAAGAAAGUUGGAGUCUUUCGUCUCAAACUAUGAGUUUGUCCCUCAAAGGGGGAAUGUGGAGCGAGGAGGAGAGCUUUGUGUUUUUUGAGGUUUGGGGGGAAAGGAAUACGAAGUUAGGGAGGAGAAAUUUAAGGACAGAGGAUUGGGUCGAGGUUGCUGAGAAGGUGUUGGAGAUGAGUGGAGUUGAGAAAACAGAGAUGGAGUGUAGGAGCCAGUUGAAUGAGCUGAAGAACAAGUAUAAGAAAGAGAAGGUCAAAGUAGAAAGUGGGCAAGCGAGCAAAUGGUUGGAUAGGUCUAAUUUGGUGGAUGAAAUGAGGGACGAUCCAGGGUAG